AUGACUUUCGGGCUACUAUGUCAUCGUGCAGUCAACCUUAAACGCGUGCAACUGGCGCCGCUAACUCUAUCGCAUUAUUCGUUCAGCUCAGCGAUAACCCGGAGAGCUCUGCAACGUCGACCUUUCAGCUCAUCGAGGCAGACGUGGAGGCAGGAUCCAGGUCCUAAUUCAAGAUCAGGUGAGGACUUCACCUUCCGUGCUGGCAGGGCCUGGCGCAAUACAAAGAUCGAAUGGAAGCCUAUUCCUAUAGCCCUGGGCAUCGGCUUCCUGGGAUUUUGGCAGUUUUUGCGCAUACAGAGAAGAGAAGCCGCUGAUGCGGAAGGUGAUGCAGAGCCUGUACCCAGACGAGAACGUAUCAGACCUAGUGGAGGAGGAUGGCAGGUAGCUGUCAUGUCGACCUUGCCACUGAAAGCCGUGUCGCGAAUCUGGGGCAAAUUCAACGAGAUGGACAUACCCUACUACCUGCGCGUACCUGGUUUCAAGUUAUAUGGUUGGAUCUUCGGUGUCAAUUUCGAUGAAAUCAAAGAGCCAGACUUGCACAAGUUUAAAAACCUUGCUCAGUUCUUCUAUCGAGAAAUCAAACCGGAUGUACGACCACUAGACCCUAACCCACGAGCCCUCCUUUCCCCUGCGGAUGGAAAAGUUCUACAAUUUGGUGAAAUUCAGAAUGGGGAGGUUGAGCAGGUCAAGGGUAUGACAUAUAGUCUCGAUGCCUUGCUCGGUCAGUCAGCUCCUUCUCGUUCCGCAAGUCCUGCUCGCCGACAGGAGGAUCAGGCACACGAUACUCACACUAGCGAAACACCAAACCGAAAAGAAGCUGAUCCAGCCGCUAUCGAACAGCAUGAAGAAUUCGCUCGCAUAAACGGUAUCUCCUACACUCUUCCAAAUCUGUUCACUGGCGAUGCACAACGAGGUCGGAAGGACAUCAAAGAUCAAGCUACCCAGGCAAAGCCGUCGUCAGAAGCCGCUGUUUCUGCUGACUUGGCCUCUACACAAGCACCUUGGUGGAAUCCUUUUCGCUUCACUGCUGAAGAACCGACAAAACUCUAUUAUCUGGUCGUCUAUCUUGCCCCAGGCGACUAUCACCGCUUUCAUUCUCCCGUAUCCUGGGUCUGCACUUCACGUCGUCAUUUUGCAGGCGAAUUAUAUUCUGUCUCGCCCUACGUCCAAAGGACUUUACCAGGAUUAUUUACUCUCAACGAGCGUGUUGUCUUAUUAGGACAUUGGAAGUACGGUUUCUUCAGCUACACGCCUGUUGGUGCUACGAACGUCGGCUCUAUUAGAAUCAAUUUUGAUAAAGAACUACGGACCAACAGCCUCACAACGGAUACUGAGGCCGAUCGCCAAGCAUAUGCUGCUAAAGAACGAGGCGAAGCAUACUCCGGAUUUUCUGAAGCUACCUAUGAGGGUGCUUCUGCUUUCCUUCAGGGACAUCCUCUUUCCCGUGGCGAAGAGAUGGGUGGCUUUGCCUUAGGAAGCAGUAUCGUCAUGGUCUUUGAAGCCCCCUCUGGCGAGCCAUCUGCGAGCGACGAAGGUAAGGCUAGAGGCGGCUGGACAUGGAACGUCCAACAGGGACAGAAGGUACAGGUUGGCCAAGCACUUGGGUGGGUUGAGCAAGUGGAUGAGAGCUAG